CUGCAUUGAAAUUGUACAAUUUUGUUUCAUUGGGAAAUGCUUGUGCGCUAAAUGCUUGCAUCUCCUGUUGUGUUAGCUGAUUUGGAUGGUUGAUGUGUGAUUUGCAAGUAACUCUCUUUUAUGAGCCUGCAAGCGCCAUUUCUUGGAGUAGCAGCAGAAUUACUUCUGAUUCUUCGUUUCAUCGCUACAAAUAGCGAGGCCAAAGAGAAACAGAGGGCAAAGAAGCAUUCAGAUCUCAGAGAGGGAGAGAGACGUCGUCCUCUUCCUCACCCAGCAGCCAUGGCGCCCAAAAGCGACCUGAUCGCGUUCGAGAUCCUCCCCAGGCUGCCGGCGAAGUCCGUCAUUCCAUUCAAGAGCGUCUGCAAGCAGUGGCUCGCCCUGGCCUCCGAUCCCUUCUUCCUCGCCGUCCGCACCCGCUGCAACACCCUCACUGUCUCCGGCCUCCUCAUCCAAGACACCGUGGAGGGCCACCUCUCCUCCUUCUCCGUCGACGGUGGCGCCUCGCCAGUCCUUCCCGACCCCUCACUCUCCUCCCCCGACCACCGAUUCGCUGCCGCCCGUGGCUUCCUCGUCCUGCAGUCCUGCAACGGCCUGCUCCUCUGCCGAAGCCGCUGGCAGCUGCCGUCGUCGAGCCAAUUCCUCCUCAAUCCCACCACAAUGCAGUACAGGCAAAUCCCCAACCCUCCUACCGACCACUAUCCAUUCAAACAUGGGUUCUUGCUUGCUUUCGAUCCUUUGACAUCCUUCCAGAAUAGAAUUGCCUGCCUGUGCUCCAACUCCACGUCCACUCCAUUCCAUCCCACAGCUCCUCUGUUUCACGUCGAGAUGUACUCGUCGGAUACCGGUGCAUGGGAGCUCUCGAGGAGGACUGUGCCGGGCGGUAGAAUUAUAAAGAAAGGUGUUUACUGGAAUGGCGCACUGAACUGGAUCACUGAAAAUGCUUUCCUUGUCUCCUUUGAUGUUGAGCAACAGGUGGUGGAGACCACCUGGUUGCCGUGACGGGAAUACCGUGGGGUGAUGCUUCACUUUGGAGAGUCUUGCGACCACCUGCACUUGAUUGAGACUGUAGCCGACGCUGGUAGCGGUGAUUUGGACCGGCUGCAUUUCUAUGUUUUUGAGAUGGGCAAAGAUAAUCCAAGCUGGUCUUUAUUGUACACUGUUGACCUCAGGGGAGUGUGGGAUGUGUAUCCUGAGACUAACGCCCCGCCCCAUGAUGAGAAUCUUGGGGUUUUAUCUUGGUGGGGCGUCCUUGCAGCUCCUGUCUUUUUUGCUCGAGGAGCGAAAGGAGAAGAUGACAAGGUGUAUUUGAUCAAUCCCGAGAGCAUUUUAUGUUAUAACCUUGCAGAUAGGACCUGCCGCAAAAUUUUUGCUCUGAAUUCAUGCAUCGCAGUAAAUCUGUCCUGGUCACACACAAUGGUCGAGGGCUUCCCAUUCGCUCUCAGUCUCUUCUCUCCAUGAGCUUCGUCGGUUAGGUCAGUUGAUGCUCAGAUAUAGAUAUUGGUGGUAUCCUGGAUUGCCCACUUUAAUACAUUUUGCAUACUUGUGUUGAGCAAACUACUUACACUUUGGUUUAUAUGUUGACUUCAUAGACCCAUCUCCUUUUUUUGCUUUCUGUUUUCCUUGCUGUAUAUUUCAGCUACUAUCUCAUGGAGAAGUUGUCACAUGUUUGGCAUUCUGAGCUAGUCACAUACUCACAUGGAAUUUCUGGUGUCUGCCAUCUUGCUCAAAGUUUUUUCUUUCUGUCUCAAAAGUUCAUAUGCACUUAUUUUUUGCGCAAUGAAAUGGCUCUGA